GAUAGUACAAUGAUUACUAUUAGUACUACUACUACUACUUGUUUCAUCAAAUUUGCCAUGCUUCGGUCGGCGAUGCGGCACCAGUUGCGGCGGCGACAUCUCGGUCCAGGCGUAGCCGGAGGUCGGGGCCUCGCCAGCGUACCAAAGACAUCGUACAGCUGCAGUGAAUGUGGUCAUCGCCAUUCCAAGUGGCAAGGACAGUGCGACAAUUGCCAUGGAUGGAAUCACUUGCAAGAAGUGUCCAACCUCCCACGGCGCGGCGGCGGCAAGGCAGCACCGCGCGAUUGGAUCCAGCAGUCGCAGUCAAAGCCAAUACGUUUGAAUGACGUGUCGUUGAGUCAAAAUGUACAUCGCAUCAAGCUCGCCGAUGCAGAAAUCAACUGGGUGCUUGGUGGUGGCAUUGUGCCAGGGUCUCUCACCCUCAUUGCAGGCCCACCUGGUGUCGGGAAAAGCACGCUGUCGUUGCAGAUCGCCCACAUGAUGGCGAACGCGACCCAAGCAAACAACGGAGCGGUGCUGUACGUAUCAGGAGAAGAGAGCGUCGGGCAGGUCAAGAUGCGGGCCGACCGGCUCGCGCACGCGUCUCCGAACUUGUACUUGGCGAGCGAAACCAACAUCGAGAGCAUCGUGGGCAUGGUUCAGUCGUGGGACAAGGCUACCCCUUGCGCUGGCGUGAUGGUGGACUCGAUCCAGACCAUGUACUCGGCCGAGAUCAACUCGACCGCAGGAAACGUAUCGCAAGUGAAAGAGUGCACGCUGCAGCUGCUCCGUUUGUGCAAGGUCGAUGGCGUUCUUUCGCGGGAGGCCGCUCUCAAAAGUCGUCAUGGCGUAGGAAGCGGACAUCCCGAUGAUCAUCAUCGGUCACAUCACGAAAAGCGGAGACAUUGCCGGCCCCAAAGUUCUCGAGCACAUUGUGGACACCGUCGUUCAGCUGGACGGCGAAGCGCACAGUCCGAAUCGUUUUCUCCGGUGUACGAAAAACCGGUUUGGAACGACAAGCGAGGUCGGGGUCUUGUCGAUGACGGAUGCGGGGCUCGUCCCGCUCAAAAACCCCUUGCAAGCGUUCCUAAGCCCAAGUACCAGUCCACACACCACACUGUUGCCUCGAGCAUGGCGAAAACAACCCGUCGUGUAGGCAGUGGGCCCAUGGUUGGGGUCGCCGUCACGAUUGUGGUCGAAGGGACCCGUCCGAUCCCGGUCGAAAUCCAAACGUUGUCGAGCCGGUCCUUUGACGACCAUCGCACGACGUGCACGUGCCACGGCGUGUCGUACGACAAGCUCCAGCUCAUCUUUGCCGUGCUCGACGCCCGUGCGAACGUGUCAUUUCGAUCCCACACCGCCUUUGUCAACAUUGCCCAAGGCUACUUUCUCGACGAGCCGUGCGCCGACUUGGCACUAGCUGUGGCCUUGGCCAGCUCGGCCACCAAGCGCCCAGUGGUCCCAAACGCUGUCUUCUUUGGCGAACUCGCUCUCUCCGGCAUGCUUCGUCCGGCCGUGAUGCUCGAGCCUCGGCUCGCAGCCGCCAGCAAAAUCGGGGUCGAGACUUGUGUCAUUCCCAGAGUGACAUGCGCGGAAGGGAAGAAGGUUGUUGAUAAGUACCGAUCUCUUGUCAACAUUAGGCAAGUGGACACUUUGGUCGAGGCGUUGGCGUUCGGGUUGCUCAAAUGAUAACGAUAUCAUUGCUAUGUUGACGCACGCUUUACUGCCUUUGCUUUUUGAAUGGCGUCGACGACGCACGUUUGGCUGCCACCGGUGCUUUCCGCUUCCCGGUGGUGGGUUUCUUCGCAGGCUUCUUUCCCCCCUUGGCCGGAGGCGCACUCUCUUCAUCGUCGGCGUUACUGGUGGACUCUGCAGCGUUGGCUUUGGCCGCGACGAAUUGUUUUCGGCGCUCGUUCCGGCGGAUGCGGUUCCUCUGGUUGCGAGUUGUGACCACGGCAGGUGUCACGGGCAGCCCAAUCGUUGGCGGCGUCUCCAGGAUGUCUUCCGUCUCGUCCGUCCACUUUACCUCUGCGUCACUCGUGACCUUGUCACCCUUCUUCGCCUUGGUGAUCUUGAAGUACCGAUCGCACGUGUCGGCUCCACUUCGCCGCAUCACUUCGCCGUUCGGGCCCACCUUUCCUUCCGCGAGCUUGGCUGCCCGUUUGCUCCACGAGUUGUAGACAGGAUCCUUAUACAGUUGCAAGAGCUGUGCAUCCAGCUCGGGUGUCCAUGGUGAUCGAUCGACCGAAGGAUCGAGCACUGUGUUCCAUCGCCCUUGGCACGCACCGGGGGUGCGCCCAGGCACGUGUGCCGCCACCAGCUUCCAGUUUGCCUUGUGUCCCUUUCCUUGUUCCAACACAGCCUUUCUCAGCUUCUUGUCCUCCUUCGCCGACCACGACGUGCCGAACUUGGCUCCUUUGACCGCUGCCGCCAUUUUUGCAAUGCACUGGAGCGGUCGGGAAUGGUUGGUACUCC